UGUGCGUGUCUGUGUGCGACAGAUUUUCAAAAUACUUUGUGCCACUGCAUUCCGAAACGUUUAAAACGAGUUAGGCGUGGUGAAAAUAAGGAAGCUAGUUCUCAGAUACGUGAACCGCUUUCGUGAGGCUUCGCUCUAGGAUCCUGUCUUAGUAUUCAGCUGUGAAACGGGUAAAUCACCACACUGACAACUCCCGAAGCGAAGUGUCUUCGAACUUCAAGUUAUGUCCUAUGGGUGAGACUUCGAAAAAUACAUGCCCUUGUUUGAGGACGCUUUGUGAAAGGCUUUUUGGGAGCUCAAAGCACGAUGGCGUUCAAAAUCGUGAUGACAAUGAUAGCAGUGCGGUUCGAGGAUCCAGUAAAAGGAACGAGGGGAUUGAAGUGCCGUCCAAUGUCCGGUACGCACUGCACCCCCCAAAGCCCGCGGAGAGCGCUAUUUACACGGCAAUGUGGGCAUUCGAAGCAAGGGCAGAUCGAGAAUUGUCGUUUCAAGAAGGAGACCUUUUUAACAUUACUGACCGGUCUGGAGACUGGUGGACUGCCAGGAAAGUGGACCGAAAUGGCCGCAUAUUAGCAACCGGCAUAGUUCCGUACAAUUAUUUGGCGAGAAGAGAAUCUACGGAUGCCAUGCCGUGGUACUUUGGGGAAAUGAAUAGGAUUGAAGCCUCAGGUCAUCUCAUGGCUCCAGAGAAUGGUGAAGGAGCAUUCCUUGUACGGCUGAGUGAGAAAGAUGAUGUUGGAUAUGUGUUAUCAGUUAAGGUGGACAAUAAAGUGAAACACUUCAAAAUCCAUCAGAAUGAGGAGCUCUUCAAUGUGAACGAAAGUGCAACAUUUGCCAGUCUGAUGGACUUGGUAGACCACUUCAUGACUUCCCCCUUGUCGAUCUCCGUGGAGAGGCUCAACAGCGCUUGUAGAAGGAACGAACCAAAACCUCAAGACCUGUCCCACUCUACAGUGGAUGAGUGGGAGCUCCCCAAAGAGGAGUUCACCUUUGGGGAUCAGCUGGGCAGUGGCUACUUUGCUGAUGUGUACAGAGGGAAGUGGAAAGACCAAAUCAACGUUGCCAUAAAAGUCUUGAAAAAUAACGAGGCCCUGAACCAUAGAGAGUUCCAGUUGGAGACUCAGAUACUGAAAAGGCUGCGUCACAAACACUUGAUCACGCUCUUUGCCAUCUGCAGCUCUUCGCCCCCCUAUUACAUCAUCACCGAGUUGAUGGAAAAGGGCAACCUGCUCGACUUCCUGCGAGGUCCAGAGGGAGGGGCCAUGGAUAUGGUCUUUCUGAUUGACAUGGGUGCCCAAGUGGCUGAUGGGAUGGCCUAUCUGGAGUCCCAGAACAGUAUUCACAGGGACCUGGCAGCUCGCAAUGUCCUGGUUGGGGAGAACUAUAUCUGCAAAGUGGCUGACUUUGGACUGGCUCGAGUUAUUAAGGAGCCAUUUUAUACAUCUGAAGACAAGAAGAUUCCCUAUAAAUGGUGUGCACCAGAAGCUAUCAGCCAUGGACGGUUCUCCAGCAAGUCGGAUGUGUGGUCGUUUGGAGUUCUUCUCUAUGAAAUAGUCACCUAUGGAGGAACUCCAUACCCAGCCUGCAGCAACUCUGACGUGUACCAGCUGAUCACAAGCGGGUAUAGGAUGCCUGCACCACCCCAGUGCCCUGAGUACAUUUAUGAGGCCAUGCUCUCCUGCUGGCAGUGUACUCCGGAGGAUCGGACCAGUUUCCUCGAUCUGAAAUACAUACUGGAGAGCAGCUAUGAGCUGGAGUAGUCAGUGGAAGAAUGCAGCUUCUAUAGAGGCCACAUGGGGGCAGCAAAGACAACAACCUGUGAGGACAUAAGCAGGCCCUUUUCCCAGGGAUUAGAACUGGAAAAGAGGCCUUCCAACUUAUCGUCAGAUGUUUGGCAUGAACUGCUGUCUGCACGUCUACUUGAUUCUGUUAUUCUGACCUGAAAACGCAACUACAUCCCAUUCCCAGUCGCAUCCUAGUGUUGUAUGAACAUUUUAGAUACGUGAUUAUGAUUUGGCACACAGAGGAUAUCUUGGAAAGGUACAGGGAAUUAAUUGACAAAGACAGAGAUCUGUCUGACAUUGUCUUAUGACCAUUUAAGCAAAUCAUUUGUGCAUCAUGUAUUGUCUCCAAAUAUUUUAUUGUUUAAUAACUGUAAGAUUGAAUUGUGGGUUUGGUACUUUGAUCUUAUUAUUUUGUUUUGCUUUUAUUGGUUUUCAUAUUUUUUUGUACAAAAUGUACAUUUUCUUUCAGUGAUAAAUGUACUGUAUUGAAAGAAUGAUGGCACAUCCCAGAGAGAAGACUAUUUAAAAUGCCAUGUGCUGAAUACAUUAAAAGCAGCUCUGAAUCAAA